AAAAGGCACUGGCUCACUGCUCUGCACAUGAUUAUCUGGCUGACUACCUUACUGAGAUUCAAACAAGAACACCUGGAUUAUGAGAGGAGAAACUGACCAUGCUGUGAAUCAGUGCUUUCAGCUCAGUGUCUCCUCUGCCUCUCCUUCUCCAUGCAGCAGAUCAUCAGCGUCUGGGUGCGGGACCCGCGGAUACGAAAGAAUGACUUCUGGCACGCCUUCAUAGACUAUGAAAUUUCUUUACAUACCGACAGCGUGUGCUUUACCAAGAAGAUCUCGAGUGUGAGAAGGAGGUACAGUGAGUUUGUAUGGCUGAGGCAGAGGCUUCAAGCAAACUCACUGCUAAUGGCCCAGCUACCGGAGCUGCCCCCAAAGAACCCCUUCUUCAGCCUGAACAAUGCCCAGCAGAUCACUCAGCGGAUGAAAGGGCUCCAGAAGUUUUUGGAGCAGGUCCUCCAGAACCCACUGCUGUUGUCCGACAGUUGCCUGCAUCUGUUCCUGCAGUCACAGCUCAGCGUGUCCAAGAUUCAGGCCUGUGCUGCAGGAAGGACCCACUACUCUGUGGCCCAGGCGGUCCAUAGCUGUGGCCUGAGGCGAUUUCACUCUGCAGAGGAUCUGCAGAAGGACCUCAGCAUGUCCUGUGACUCUGACUCAGACAGCUCAGAGUGUAGAGAUCCGGAGCCUCGGAUUAAAGAUUUGGCAAUGAAUAAAGCAGAGAGCGCACCUUCACUUGAUCUCAUGGGAGCCAGACAGGUGGAAACCCUCAGCUGCUCGUCCGGUUCUCCAUGAAAACACCAUCGUCACAUCACUGCCACGAGUGUUUUGGCCAGAGAGGAAGAAAUUCACCUGUUACCCUGUCAUACAGCACUUUUAGCUAUGUGGUUUCUCCAUAUUAUUUCACUCAUAAAAAAAGUCAUAGCAUGUUAUGUUCUCAUUAAGGCAUCUGAGUUUGACACGUGCAGUACAUCGUAGUCAAAAUGUGCCUUUUGUAUAUCUAUAAAGUAUUAUCUACCAGUAUGUUCUUUGUACAGCUAUGAAGUUGUUGCAGAAAAAUGCCUGAAGAUGGCAGUGUUGUUACAUCCAUCUCUUUGUAUACUCACUUAUCAUGAACAUAUGCUGCAGCUGGCCAUAUUUAUGUCAUAAACAAGCUUAGCAGAAGCAUUGUGACUUGUGGUCGUUCACAAGGUGUUCUUUGCCACAUUUGUGCAGAUAACAACGCAAUAGCUUAAGCAGUGACAGCCUAAUAUCUCUGUCCGCGGCUGAACUCCCCCUUCCUAAUGAAGAGGAAAGUGUGGGAAGCUUGUCAUCUGGUGGCUACUGCAGUGCUCAGCGGCCUGACAUGUAAUAGGGUCUCUGCAGAGUUUUCAGACAGCCCCCCCUGUCAGGUGUGCGGCUGGUAGGAGGUCCUGUGGGAUCCCAAUGGACUCGCUCCUGUCUGAGAAGGCUAUCCGGUAGACAGGCUGCAUUGCUCCCUGCUGAACAAAAUGCCAGCUGCACUGACAAGCCACCUUUUCUAUCUGUCUCUCUUGCUUUGUGUUUGUACUGUAUUCACUGUUCACUACAGUCACAUAUCUGUGUGUGUGUGUGUGCAUACUCCCACAGUGAGAAGCACCAUGCUUAUGCAGAGGUAAUGACCACUAAACAGAGUGACAGCAGACUGACAUAUCUACACGGCUAAUUACAUUAGCUUUGUCAGUGCAGCGGUUGUGAUAUUCAUUAGAAUUCAGAGCAGACAAUGGGCUUGUGUUGCAGAGACCAGAGAGGUGACGUCACCUCAGACCUUCUCUGCUCCGAGCAGCAGAACAGUUUGCACAGCGGGAAAGCCCACAAACUCAAAUUGGGAGGUGGGACGUCUCCCCUGAAGACGUGUGGGUGUAUACGCAUGUGUGUUCGUGCACAUCCAGUGUAUGCAUGUGUCUUCUUUGUCAAUGCUUAACAGUGUGGGGCAGCAUCACCCUGCACCCUCAAACACAUCCGCCGAGUCUGCCAGUGCCACAGCUUCGGCUGAAUAUUCAAAGGAGGUUUAUGCUUCUAAUACAUCCAGAAAACACACCUUAGGUAUCAAAGUGAGGGCAUUUUUACACAAAUGCGUGUAUGUGGAAAGCCAUAUCUGGCUUAUCAUUUAAUCUACCAGCGUUCCAACAAUUUCUGUCAUUGGUGUGAAUUCAUUUUAAGCUCUUGUCCAAUUUUACCCUUCUUUCCUGCAUAAACCAUUCUUCAGUUAUUAUUUUAUCAGUGUGUUGUUGUCAAAGAAGUACUUUAAAUGUAAUCUAUAGAUUUUAUAUUGUGCGUGCCGCAUGGUGUUGAUUUCCCAGGGACAAGCACUACAUUUUGUUUUCACGUGAGAUGUUAAAUUCAACAACUAAAAGCCUAGACAUUGUGGGUAUUUUAUGAGCCAAUUCCAGUGGUUUUAGACUAAAUGUGCUUCAAACUGACUAUUUUUAGGCCAUUAAAUAUAUAAAUGAAUAAAGACUUCAGCAUUU